AUAUAAACAGUUCAGGCUAGCAAUGCCUCUGACUUUGCUCUCUUUGUCUCAUUUCUGCACAGGAAGGAGAUCCAAACCACCAUGAAUAAGUUGUUGGUUGUUUCUGUGCUUAUUGCACUUCUUGCUCUCAGCACUGAAGGCUUCCGUUUGCCAAGGCAAGUUGACGAGGAGGAGGGUACUCUGUCUAAAAUCUCAGAAGCUAUCAAGUCCUACUAUGGCAGUGCUUUGGACACUGUCAAUGGAUACGUGGACACUAUCAAAGGCCUGAAGAUUGAGGAGAAAGCAAAGAACCUUUAUAGUGAAACCAGCACAGUUGUGAGCACCUACGCUGGAAUUAUGCAAGAUCAGAUCUACCACUUUUUCCACCAGUAGCAAAUUAAAGUACACACUUAAAAACUCAUUCAAAUGAUCUCAUCUGCAUUUUCCAAGAGUAUAAAAAUCCCAAGCCUGUGCAGAAAAGUAGCUUCUCACCAUUUGACAUCUGACAUUUUUGUAGUCAUCAUCAAAAGGAGCAUCCACAACUUAAAUAAAGGACAGUGUGAUUUUUAAAGUGCCUUUUCUUAACCACUGAACUGAUGCUAACACACACUGGAAAUGGUCAUCCAAAAAAGGCUGCCUCAAAGAGAGGAUGAAAAAAUGUGGUGGGCACCAUGGAGCACUCGGUGUAAAAAUUCUGUGGAUAAUUUCGUGGUCUAAUGCCAUUUAGUUAUACUGCAUUUACUGUUAUUUGACCUAAAACAGCUACACCAACCCUAGAUAACUCUAAAUGUUUGUGUCAUGUCUUGAAAUAAAGUAUUUAU